AUGACUAACCCCCAAAUCUUAAAGCAAUUAGUUGAAUUAACUCAACAAAAUGCUAAUUUAACCUUGACUGAGGCAGAAAUUACUCAAUUACUGACUAAUUAUCAAGUUGAUUCAACUCCGAUUACCAGUUUGGUUAAUUUCCUACUCACGGCGAUUCAAAAACAAGCAGAAGAAAAUAAGCAACAAUCGCAAGUGCUAGUUAAUUAUCAAACGCAAACCCAAGGUAUUUAUCAGCGUUUACAACGCCGAAUCCCGCGUCGUUCAUCUUUACCGGAAGGUGAAUUAAAAGAAGAAAAAUUAGUUUCCUCAAGUUCAGGUUCAUUAGCGACUUAUUAUCAACGACCUUCUCCAAGAAGUAGGCGUUUUGCUUCGUUGCCUAAUUCUCCCAUCACUAAUUCUUUUGCUUUCAAUGCUCCCGAACUAGACAAUAUUUUCGAAGUGCUAUCCCAAGAGGAAGUUCAGGUUGAAAACCAUGAAACGGAAUUAUCAAAUCUCCAACAACAAAUUUCCGGACUAAGUAAACAGUUAACUUCGGCUUCGCGAACCAUUGCUCAACUAGAAAAACAAAAUCAGCAACAACUUGAACAGCAAAACACUGACCAAGUUCAAAUUAAGUCUUUAAAGAAAAAAAAUAGUCAAUUACAGUUAGAAUUAAACCAGCAAACUAAGGAAGCACAAAUUUUAGCGAGUGAACUUAAAGAAACUAAUGAUGAUUUUUACCAAUUAAUUCGCGAGCAAGAGGAAAAAUACGAAAAAGAAAAAGUUCAACGGGAAGUUAAGUUUAACCAGCAAAUUAAUAACUUGCGGACUUUUCAACUUACCGCUGAUAUUCCUAUUAAACUGCGUAGUUUACCCAGUAGUCGCACUCACUCCCGACAAAGUUCUUUAUAUUUACCCGAACCCACCAAAUCGCCCAGUCUUUUUUUAGAGUUAAGCAAGGGUUUAGUAGGUUCUGCUUUAAAAAAUGAGGAACCUAAUCCGGAAAUCCCUUCGCGGACUAAUUCUCCUUUACCCCUUCACGAAAAUAAUAUUUUAUUUGAUGAAAAAGUGGAACAAGAAAGACUGUUGCAAGCCUUUAAUCAAAAAGAACUAAUUUGGGAAAAGAAAUGCACUGAAUAUGAACUUUUGCUCCAAGCCGCCAACCAAAAAACUCUUACUCAGCAAAACCAGCAACAAAAACUGGCGGAAGAAGUCUUGGAACUUAAAUAUCAGUUAGCCCAAAGUCAUCAUAAAACCGAAGAACGAACUAAAUUAGCCAAGCAAAUCUUAAACGAAAAACAAGCCGAUUACAAUAAACUAAACCACGAUUUAGUAGAUAUUAAUAAGUUAGUAGUAGAAAAAGAUUUAGAAAUCGAAAAGUUGAAGCAAGCAAAAGCGGAAGAAGCACAAGGAACUGAUGAGUUUGCCAAAUUAUUGCUUAAAGCCCGUGCCGAAGUUGACCAAUUAGGAGAAGAGACCGAACAAGAAAAGGAAAUUAUCGAACUAAUCGAAAAAGUUGCGGUCUAUAAAACCAAUUUGGCGAAUACCAAAAUUGAAUUUACCAAGACUAAACAAAAACUAGAUGGAGUUAAUGCAGAAUUAACGGAAAUCAAGGAAAAGUUAACUACCGAAACCGAAGCUAAAGAACUAGCCAUCCAAACUAAAGGGCGGUUAGCAAUUGACCUCAAAAAUGUUAGAAAUGAACGGGAUGCCCGCCCGGACAUUACCCUGGACAAGUUUCAAGAACUAAUGGCGGAAUUAGAUCAAUUCCGAACCGCCAAAAAAGUCCAAGAUGAAGAGUUGGAGGAGGAAAAGCAAGCUGAUGCAAGAAUUGCAAAGAUGUUAGAGCAGUUUAGAAAAGAUGAUGCGGAAAUCAAUGAAUCGUUUUCGGACAUUAGAGCAUUGAUCGAGUCCGUCCUAAUGGUUAAUUAUGAAGAAGAACUUAGCAAAGAGAAAUUAAAAAAUAUUCGCCAAAAGUUAUUUGCUUGUCAAGCCGAAAAAGACCAAAUUCAAAAGAAAUUCAAUGAAGAAAUAAUGCGAAUCCAAAAAUCUCCGGUCUUAGAUGAUGUGGGAAAAUACCAAGCUACUAAAUUAGUGAUCGAAAAGUCGAAUGAUUUUGUUAAUGUUUGUGAAAAACUAGUUCCGAUUACUAAUCAAUAUCGCCAGUUAAGAGAGAGCUAUAUAGAGCAAAUCCAAAUUUCUUAUGAUGCCAAAUUAAAGACGAUCACUAAUUUGUGA